UAUCUGAGUUAUCACCAGGUUCAGGGUAAAGUCCAGCUGCUGGGUCAGAUACAAGCCGCACUAACAUUAUCACUAUUUGUUACAACAAAACACCUUCUGAAAAAAACAAGGCUGUGAGAAGAGACAACAAGGGAACGACGAACAUGGACACAACGUCUUCAUUUAUCAAAUCUGUGACCAAGCGAGUGUGGUCUCCACCGCAACGUCCCUUCAGAGUGUGUUGUCAAAACAGGGAGACCAGGAAGGGUAUCACAGCAGGGACCCUGGAGGAGCUGAAAGAGAGGGUAUGCCAGGCCUUGCUGCUGUCCCUGUCUGCCUUGUCUCUGUCUCUGGUCUGUGAGGAGGACGGUACAGAGGUAGACUCCGACGAGUUCCUCAUGACCCUGCCUGACAACACCAUGCUCAUGGCCCUGGAGCCUGGACAGACAUGGAGACCUCAGGCGGGUGCAGUUGUGUUCAAAUCUAAAGACCACGACAAGCCUCGGACUGGUAAAGACAUCGCUCGUGUCACCUUUGACCUCUACAGGAUGAGCCCAAAGGAUGUGUUUGGCUCCCUGAGUGUGAAGGCCACAUUUCAAGGCCUGUACUCUGUGAGCGCUAACUUCCAGUGUCUGGGGCCCAAGAAAGUCCUCAGAGAAGCCCUGCGUGUAGCCUCCUCCCUCCUAAAUGCUGUUGGACACCUGCUUAUCACGUCCGCCUCCAUGAUCCGCCGCAUCAUCGAAGGCGCUGACCUUUGGCAGCCACAGAGGGCAGAGUACACAGCCAACUGGAACUGAAGGGGCCAAGAGAAAACUGUUCAGCUGUAACAUCUGAAAUCAUUGUCGACUUAAAGGGUUACUAUGGUUUGUUUGUGUCUAAGUGACUAAUGGAGACAAGUCGUGAAAUUGGUCAGGCUGCAAUGCAGUAGUAAUGGGAAUCUGUGUACCGUCAAUUUACAUCCACUAAAAGUGCUUUUUUUGCCACUGACAGGCUCAGAUUGUUAUUGUAAGUGUCCGACAACAUUAUGGAAAGGAUCCCUACAGAGAUAGACCUUUUUGUUAAAGAGUAAGAUCCUUUCUGUUUAACCAGAAACAACCCCAAAAUCAGUAUCGCCAAACCCACCAGACUCCAUUUAAAGCUAUGGUCUACGUUUAGAAAGACGAUGAGAAAGAUUUGAAAAAAGCAUCCCCCCCACACACACACCCCUCCCUCUGUGCUCCAUGAUCCCUCCCCUACACACCCCUCCCUCUGUGCUCCAUGAUCCCUCCCCUCCGAGCUCGUGUCCCCCUCCCCUCGAAGCCUCCUAACGAAACACUGCUGUGACAAUGUGUGAACAUGAUAGCAGUUUUAGCUUACAAUGCUAAAAAUUAGGCUAACGUCUCCGUCGAACAUGUAAACAAGUGUUGACAAUAUUGCAGACAAAAAAUGUUUCAACGCCGUCUAACCACACAAAAAACUAACGGCAGCUUUCACAGUCAUAAGCCAGCAUUGGCAUACAGUUAUCUAUGUCGCAACCUCCACAAUAAAAACGAAAUAUUACCUGUUCAACAAAAACUCCGCUGUAUCAGCAUCACUUUUCAGGCCCAGAUCUUGCCGGAGAUUUUGCCAUCGGUCGGAGGAUGACCCGAUGUUUACUCUGCUUUGUCGCAGUUCCUCUUCGUUUCUGCUUUUUCAGAGGCAGACUUACGCUUCCUUUCGGCCUUUGCCGGUGGGGCAAGCAGAGGCCGCUUGCUGCUGUCGCUCUCUUUAUUUUCCAUAUCGAAACUCGGGGGAGGGGGGUUGGGACGAGGCGGGACGAGGAGCAGAGGAGUGACAAAAUGGAGCGAGGGUAUUGGACGGAGGGUAAGAGAGAGAGAGUGCAAAUUUGAGCAAGGAGUAACUCGCAUGCGGACCGGAUGGCUAUGAUUGGUCAAUUUCUUUGCAGGCCUGCAGCCGCCAGAGUGGAUUUUUUUGGUUCCUUUUGCUCUUCACAUUGUGUAGCUAGCACUAUUGGGCCAUAACCACCAUCUAAAUGAUGUUAAUAAUAAUGAUCAAUCUUUCUAAACGUAGACCAUAGCUUUAAAUAAACAGUAAUUUUAUCAUUGUAAAACAAGUCAUUCAAAGUCAACAGCAACAAAAUUAAACUCACAAAAACUGUCUUGAUUUUUCUUUCCGCUGUUCCAACAAUCACCAACUCUGGUUUGCUUUAAACGAACCCUUAAUUCACUCAGUUAGAAGUGAAAAUAUGCUGCCUCUAUGCACACUAAAAUUACUGUUUAUUUAAAUGGAGUCUGGUGGGUUUGGUGAUAGCAAACAAAAAGGAUCUUUCUUUCUAACAAAAAAUUCUAUCUCUGAAGGGAUCCUUCUACUUACAGUAACAAUGUGAGCCUGUCAGUGGCAAAAACAAGCACUUUUAGAGGAUGUAAACUGACGGUGCAGAUUUGCCCAAAGUGGUUACAUUGCAGCCUGUAUUGCCGCUGCCGGCUGCAGCGCUCUCGCUCAAUACUGGACCAGUUUUUAAAAAUUGUUGUUCAUUCAGACACACACAAAAAAUACCAGGUUAAAAAAAACAAAAUUACCCUUCAAUAGGAAUUGAUAGGUCAGUCUGAGACCUUUUAAAUCCAUUCCUAUUAUUGAGCAUCUCAUUUGAUAACCAUUAUAUUGUUUAACUGUUCUGCUGUUUACCUUUUUAACAUGGGGUAAAAGAAACCACUUUUUUAACAUGCCCAUCUGUUAAGGCGGUAUUUGUAAAUAUUAACAAUGAUAGUCUCAUGCAGGGUGACUGUAUGACUGUGCACCAUAUUCUUCUUGACUAUACGUCAGGUUAAAGACAAGCUUUACGAUUCAGUGUUAGAAAAUGUCACGAGUAACAACAGAGGAAACAUGAGUUUUAUAGGUUUUUUGUGCAAUAUAUUUUACAUAAUAUUCUAGGAUUAUAAUUUAUUUUUGUCAAUCUUGUGUGAAUUAUGUGUAGGCAGUGGUGCGGUCAUGAUACUGGGAUUUCAAGCUCUGAAACAGUGCAGUAUCAUUUUUGAUAAUAGGGGAAAAAGUGACACUGAGGGCAUAAAAUGAAUUGUUUUUAUUAAACAAGUUAAACAUAACAAGGCUGUGACAUGACAUAGACAACUGCUCUUUUCUCAGUUAGUAGCUCAGAACAACAGAAUGAUGUUAAUGAGACAGUAAGAAAGUGCAGCUGGUAUUGGUCCAUCAAUACUGCAGAAAAUGUGUAUUGAAACCAUUUAAAAUAUUCCAAAUCGAUAUGUAUUGAGUAUUUGAUAUUAUUGACAACACUAGUUGGCAGUUUUUCUAAGAUAACAGGUGAUAACAACCUUUUAUGACUGAUGUUAUGGUCUUAAACACCACUGUCCUUUUUGAAAAAUUGAAUAUAACGAUAGUGAGAAAGAAGUUUUCACUAAUGUUAGGAUUUAACUACUGUAAUCACAAGAGGAGUCAUGUUUGAACAAAUUCAACUGUUUUACUUGAAUGACAAUAAAAGCAUCUGCGUGGCACGAA